AUUUUGAAAUCUGAAAGUACUAAAUUCCUAAAGAAAAAUACAAAUACUUAAAAUUUCCAUACUUAACAGGAGGAUUGAACAUUCUACCACUGAUUAAGAUAAAAAGAUACUUACUAUCUCACCUAACUCCGGUGUUCCACAUAUUUUAUUUUUGUCAAAACAUAGAAAGAGAAAGAAGAAGACUAAAGCAACCCACGUUUUCAAACCAAAAGCACACCACAAAGACUUUUCAUUCUUAUUUUAGGUUAGACCCUCCUUUUUAACAUAUAUCUUAUAUCAAUAACUUCCAUCAAUGUAAAAGCUUCUCAUUAAUGGAGACUCUUUGGUGGUCGACUCUCUUUUUCUUCUUCAUUUUCAAAGCCUCAACACUGAAAAUCAUCACUCCAGGUGAUUUCAUUAAAGACGGCGGUGAAACACUUGAAUCCGAAAAUGGAACCUUCGAAAUGGGUUUUUUCAGUCCAGGGAAUUCGAACAACCGAUACGUAGGAAUAUGGUAUAAAUUUUCAAACACCACAGUCGUUUGGGUUGCUAACAGGGAAGCUCCGGUUUCAGAUAAUAAUGGAGUUUUAAGCUUCGACAACAAUGGAAUCCUCACACUUUUCAACGAAACGAACGGCGUCGUUUGGUAUACUAACCCAAACACAUCAAGAACUCCCCAUGAACCUGUUUUACAGCUUUUCGAUUCAGGAAAUCUCGUAGUGAAAGAGAAAAACGAGGAUGAUUCAAAGAAUUUUUUCUGGGAAAGUUUUGAUUUUCCUUCUGAUAAUCUUUUACCAGGGAUGAAGAUUGGGAUAAACUUAAUCACUGGUUUCGAAUACUAUAUAUCGUCAUGGAAAUCAUCAGAUGAUCCAUCACAAGGUCAAUAUUCAUUAAGGAUCGAUCCUCAUGGUCAACCACAAGUUGUUUUGAAGAAAGGAUUGGAAACAGUUUACCGAGCAGGUUCAUGGGACGGUCAUUAUUUAUCAGCUCGGAAACCAGAUGAUAAUCCAAUUCCUUUGUAUUCAUAUAAUUUCGUGAUCAAUGAAAACGAAAUUUACUUCAAAUCGGAGCUGAAAAACAGUUCGUUUAUUUCCAGGUACACAAUGGAUCCAUCUGGUUUAAUGCAACGUUUCAUAUGGAACCAAAUGAAGAAUGAAUGGCAAGUUUACUCGACGGCACAAGCUGAUGGAUGUUCUACUUAUGGGUUAUGUGGAUCAUAUGCGAGUUGUAAAUCCGGUAGGUUUCCACUGUGUUCGUGCUUGGAAGGGUUUAAACCAAAGAGCUCGAUGAAUACGUCGGAUGGAUGCAGUCGGACGACGGAGUUGGGUUGUAGUGGCGAUGGGUUUUUGAAGCAGAGGCGGUUGGCGUUACCGGACACAUCGAAAUCUUGGGCUAAUGGUAGCAUGAAUUUAAAAGAAUGCGAGGAAUUUUGUGUGAAGAACUGCGCUUGCACGGCGUAUGCGAAUUUGGAUGUUACAAAAGGGAGUGGGUGCUUGGUUUGGUUGGAUGAAUUGAUUGAUAUAACUGAGUUUUCACAGGAUGUCCAACCUCUUUACAUUCGAAUGCCUAUAUCUGAGCUACAUAAAAUUCAAAGAAAGAUGGAAAACAAGAAGGCAGUGAUAAUAGCCAUCUCCAUCAUAGUAGCUAUGGGAUCCAUGGUAACAUUGUUUCUCUUAUACAAACUCAAGAAAAAUCUCAGCAGCAAAGGUAAAACUAAGGAAAAGAUGGAGAUGCAAAUAUUUGAUUUUGCAACUAUAGCCAAUGCAACAAAUAACUUCUCAAGCAACAACAAGUUGGGACAAGGUGGAUUUGGUAAUGUAUAUAAGGGUGUGUUGAAAGAAGGGAAAGAAAUAGCAGUGAAGAGACUAUCAAAGGAUUCAGGGCAAGGAUUUGAUGAGUUCAAGAAUGAAGUGACAUUGAUAGUUAAACUUCAACAUCGGAAUCUGGUAAAGCUAUUUGGUUGCUGCAUUCAGGGAGAUGAAAGGUUGCUAAUCUACGAAUACUUGCCAAAUAAAAGUUUAGACAACUUCAUAUUCGAUAAAACAAGAAACAAAUUGUUGGACUGGGAAAGGCAAUUUCACAUCAUAGAUGGGAUUGCUCGAGGACUUCUUUAUCUUCAUCACGAUUCCAGAUUAAGGAUUAUUCAUAGAGAUUUAAAAGCAAGUAAUAUAUUAUUAGAUGAUGAUAUGAAUCCCAAGAUUUCAGACUUUGGUUUGGCUAGGAUGUUUGGUGGAGAUCAAAUAGAGGACAAAACAAGAAGAGUUGUCGGAACAUAUGGUUAUAUGUCUCCAGAGUAUGCUUUUUAUGGACGUUUCUCAAUGAAAUCUGAUGUUUUUAGUUUUGGAGUUUUGAUUUUGGAGAUUAUUACCGGGAAGAGAAACAGGGGAUACUCGGAUAUUAACCAUAAUCUUCUCGAACAUGCAUGGAGAUUGUGGACAGAAGGGAGACCAUUGGAACUAAUCAAUAAAACAAUAGGAGAUACAGACGGAGGCAACGCCACCACCAGCGAUGGCACCUACAUUACAAGUGAAGUUUUAAGACGUAUUCAUGUGGCUCUCUUAUGUGUGCAACAACGCCCAGAAGAUAGACCCAAGAUGUCAUCGAUGUUGCUUAUGUUAGGCGGCGAAAGUACAUUACCUGAGCCGAAUCAGCCUGGUUAUUUCAUCGAAAAAGAUUGGCAGCCAUCGGCGACAGCAGCCGAUUGUAGAUCCAGGAAACAAUCAACUUCAUCUAAUGAAGUCACCAUUACAAUGUUAGAUGCCAGAUAGAAUUAGAGGUUCAUGACGCUAGAGGCGACUCUGUAAUUAUCAAAGCGCCAAAAAGUAGAAAAGUGUUGCAUCUUUCAUCAUUAUUAUUUCACGCAUUGUACCAAGGUGGGCUCUAACAAAUAACCAAUUUGUCCAUCACCAAAAUUUCUCCCAACAACAAAACAGAGACUUCCUCUUAACUUAAAUCUCUUGGAGAAGAAUCAUAUUAACAAGGCUAAAUUCUGCUAUUAGUCGUUAUACUUUAAUUUGAAUAUUUUUAAUUUUUAUAUUUUUUAAAUUUUCAAAUUUCAGUCA